UUUAGGUGAGGGGUCAUAGAGCUUUCUUUGUUCAUCCUCAGACUUGCAAUCAUCAGGCAUUGGGAUAUAAUUUUACCAAGCAAAUUGAAAGGUAACAGAUCAAAUCCUUAUCACAAAACCCAACUCAUGGUUAAGCAGAGUCCUUCGUCCUUUGCAAGAAACCUUAUAUUCAGGAAGAACAAAAACAUGUUUCAGAGUUCUUAAAGGGUUAAUAGUUAAAGCUUAUAUUCAGGAGAGCAAAGAGCAACCAUCAUUGGAGCUGCAGCCACUAUAUAAAGUCAAAGUUCCAAAAAACCUGGCCAAAAGAUUUUCCAGCCAGUUGAUUGCAUCCUUUACAAUGGCUUUAGUGAACCGAACCAUAAUGCAGUUAGCAGGGAUUUUAUUUUGCCUGUUAGGAUGGGUCUUAUCCUGCCUCACUACUUAUUUACCUCAGUGGAAAAAUCUCAAUUUAGAAUUGAAUGAAUUGGAGAUCUGGACAAUGGGACUCUGGCAAGCUUGUGUGGUCCAUGAAGAAGGGGGAAUGCAGUGCAAAGAAUUUGAUUCCUUUUUAGCGUUACCCCCUGAGCUCCAAAUUUCUAGGAUUCUGAUGUUCAUAUCCAAUGGAUUAGGACUUUCUGGUCUCUUACUCUCAAGUUUUGGAUUGGAUUGUUUAAAGAUUGGAGAACAACAACAGGAUCUAAAGAAGCGGUUAUUGUUGCUGGGAGGAAUAUUCUGCUGGAUAUCAGGAGCUGCAGCCUUAGUCCCAGUGUCUUGGGUUGCUCAUACCACUGUGCAGGAAUUUUGGGAUGAAACUAUUCCAGACAUCGUUCCGAGGUGGGACUUUGGGGAAGCACUUUUUAUAGGCUGGUUUGCUGGAUUCUGUCUCAUUUUUGGAGGCUCAUUGCUAAAUUGCAGCGUCUGUUCUGUUGAUACUCAAUCGUCCUCGGUCCAUUAUACAGUGGCAGGUGUGCUAGAUGCUUGUCAACACUUGGAAAGUAACAACAGACCCCGAAGUCUAAGAGUCUGAGAGACACAGGA